CAGAGCAAGGCAGAAGGGCUGCCAGGAUGGAGAAGUCCAAGCAAACCUUUGCCAGUGUCCUGCUGGUGGUGCUGUGGGUGGGAAUGUGCCUGGCUCAGCACUGGUCCUUCGGGCUGCAGCCAGGAGGGAAGAGGAGCACUGAGAGCUCAUUCCAACAGAUUGCAAAGGAACUGGAGAGACUGGGGGAGGUGCAGCAGUCCGAGUGCCCUGGAUCAGCCCAGCAUUCCAGGCUCAGGGAUCUGGAGGAAGCAGUGGAAAACCUGAUGGAAGGGGAAGGAAGAAGAAAGGUUUAA